GGGUCUCAAUCCAUCAUCACAUCCAACCGCCCAUCACUGUUCGGCAGCAGCGGCGAUCUCAACCGGCUUGCUGAACUUGGUAUCCUCCCGACUCUAACAUCCAGAGCGUCCCCGCCGACAAGUGAAGGCUAUGGGUCUUCCACAGAUCGCAAAGGCCAGUCCCGCAUCAGCCGGCAGCACCCCGAUUCCGAGCAAACAACUCAAGAUCCUCUCCGACACCGCCUUCAAAAGGAGCUGCGUGGCUCAUCGAGACCGCAUCGCUGGCCUCCGUCGGGCGUUCCGAGCUCAGUCCAAGGCCCGGGAUCUGCCACCGUCGCGCUUGGCUCUCGAAUCCUGCUCGAGCACCAGCUCGGCACAUCUUUCCAACAUCCCGUUCGAGGCGACUGCAAAUGACGUCGUCGCCUUCAUCAACUCCAAGAUCAAGCUGAUCCCCGAAGCCGGCCCAGCACCCCCGGUCACGCAGUGCCGCCUGGGCAAGGCCAACAAGCACUCGGGCGGCGAGCACGGAGGCUGGGGCAUCAUCACUUUCUCGGAUCCCCGGUAUUUCGACAGCUUCCUGGCUCGCCAGGAGCCGUCGUCGCCCAAUCCACUGGUCAUGGACAACCGUGUCCUGCGAAUCAAAGCCUAUCGCUUCAGCCCACAGUCCUCGGAGGCCCAGCACGAAAACCUGAUGGUGCCGGUUGCCGAGCUGCUUGUGGGGCUGCCGGGCUCCUCGCCCAUGUCGAUCGAGACUCGAUGGCGAACCGGUAAUCGCGUGUCGCUUGGGCUCGAUACCCGUGAAGGCCAUGGAAUCACAAUCUACUAUGCAGCCGUCAUCAAGCUGACUGUUCCGUCAAACACCGUUCUCGAAUCCCAUACCUUUGUCGACUCGACGGGCUCCCGCGUCUUGCGGUUUCGCCUCAGCUCCCCGCCCUUUUGCUAUUACCGCCCGGCCUCAGCCUCGAAUGAGUCGAGCGUCAGCGAUCGUUCCCAGCCUGACACGGUCGAUAUGCAUCUUCCUCAGACCUUCGCCACCCAGGCCAAUCAACCCGAGGACAACACUUGGGAGCGGUGCCCCGAUCCGCGCGGUGCCGAGUCGAUUUUUGGCUACCACUUGACCUAUUGCUUGAUACUUCCGGCGCGGCGCCAGCACACCGACCUAGAGCUUCUCCACUUUCUGCAGAUGCGGCUAGCGUUGCGGCUGAUCGACCUGGGCGACUGCCCCGAGUCGCUUUCAUCGAGCGAGGUGCAGCCGCUGCCCUCGGAUCCGCACGAGUGGUGUGCUGGAGCCCAGUGGAUUUUUCGCAGCUUGGAGCACAGCCGGGUGGUCGGAUCCAUGAUCCAUGCGCUCAUGGCCACACACAAGCUCUUUUUCCGGUCGUACCCCGAGGCUUAUGCCAUCCGCAAGUUGCUGAUGCAGUGCACCGAGGUCCAGGCCACCGAGGCGCUCAAGAAGAUGUUUUGGAUGCCCUUCAUGAACGACCCGGUGCAGCGACUGACCUCGCUGCUCAACGAUGCGCUGUCACUGAUCCGUCCCGAGGCUGCCGGGGCCAAGACCGUGGAGGUGAACGAGGACUUGGCCUUUGUUCAGCGGGUGCUGGUGACGCCGCUACGGAUCUGCCCGCGACCCCCGGACCUGGACACAUCCAACCGCAUCACCCGCCACUACAGCGCACACCGACACCGGUUCCUCCGAGUCGUCUUUGUGGACGAGGACUUUGGCCCCAUCAACCAGACCGACUCGGAGAUCAUAUACGACAAGCGCAUCCGGCACUUGGUCUGCAACGGCAUCCAGGUGGGUGGGUACACGUACCAGUUCCUGGCAUACUCCAACAGCCAGCUGCGUGAGCAGGGUUGCUGGUUUUACGACGAAACCCCCGUUGGCAACGACGUCCCGCCCACAUGCGACAUGAUCCGACAGUCCAUCGGCGAUCUGUCCCAUAUCAAAACGGUCGGCAAGCACGCCUCGCGGCUGGCCCAGGGCUUCAGCAGCUCGACCAGCACGGCCGGGGUUGAGCCGGCUCGUCGGGUGUGCAUCCCGGAUGUGCUCCGCAAUGGCUACUGCUUUUCGGACGGCGUGGGGCUGAUCUCGCAGGACAAGGCAGAAGAAAUCGCGCACAUCCUCCGCCUCGAGACCACCCCGUCGGCCUUUCAGAUCCGAUAUGGCGGUGCCAAAGGCAUGGUCACGGUCUGGCCAGCCGAGGUGAUGGGCGAAUACGACAUCAAGCUUCGGCCGAGCAUGGUCAAGUUCGAGGCCAACUAUGAGACGAUCGAGGUCGUGAAUGUGUCCAAGCCGAUCCCGUGCUAUCUGAACCGACAGCUGAUCGUGCUGCUCUCGGCCCUGGGCAUCCCGGACGGGCCAUUGAUCAAGCUGUUCAACGACAUGAUUGUUGGGAUCAAGAAUGCCUUUGAAAGCGACGUGGACGCCUACAACCUGGUGCUCAACCAUGCACCAAAUCUCACCAUGGCGCGGCACAUGCUGGCAGCAGGAAUGUCGGUCAAGAUGGAUCCGUUUCUGCGAGGCAUGAUCCACGCCGUCUGCCAGAGGCUGUUCUUGGAUCUGGAGCUCAAGGCGCGUAUCUUUGUGCCAAUGGGUCUCUGUCUCAUCGGCGUGAUGGACGAGACCGAGACUCUGCCAGAGGGAUGCAUCUUUUUCCAGUACACCAACGAUAUCGGCGAUGUGAUCCAACUGCGGCCCGGGACCUCUGUGGCGGUAGGGCGGAGCCCGUCGCUGCAUCCGGGCGACAUUCGCACCCUCCGAACGAUCGACUGUGAGCCGCUCAGGCAUCUAGUCAACGUGGUGGUGUUUUCGUCGCGCGGACAGCGCCCGCAGGCCAACAAGAUGUCUGGUGGCGAUCUGGACGGCGACAUCUUCUUCAUCAUAUGGGACCCGUCGCUGGUGCCCCGGCCGGACAAGAACAUCCCGCCGAUGAACUAUACCUCGUCAGAGCCGCCACAGGUGGCGCGGGUGACAGCCAAAGACAUCAAGAACUUUUUCGUCGACUACAUCCGCAACGACAAUCUUGGGCGCAUCGCGAAUGCGCAUGUGGCCGUAGCGGACCAGAAUCCGGUUGGGGCGCUUUGCCAGGACUGCAUCGAACUGGCCGAGUUGCAUUCGACGGCAGUUGACUUUGGCAAGACGGGCGUACCGGCCAUCGUGCGCAAGUCGCUGUUGCCGCAGAAAUACCCCGAUUUCAUGAGCAAGCCGGCGUCCAAGUCGUACGUAUCGAAUCGAUUCCUUGGGCGAGCCUACCGGCGGGUCAAGGAGAUCCAGUCCGAGACGCUGGCACGGCACCCAGAUCCAGAUCCAGACCCAGACCACGAAGCCGAUCACGAUCAUGACCAAAGCCAAAGCCAAAGCCAAAGCCCCGGGCACUCUGCCAACCCAGCGAGAUCGAACGCAAGCAAGUGCGACACUCGGUUCCUGUAUCCUGGAUACGAAGCCUAUGUGGACGAAGCUCGCGAGACCUUGAUCCUGUACGGCCAGGAUCUUUGGGAAAUCAUGUGUGAGUACGAGGUCUGGAACGAAGCCGAGCUGUUUACGGGAUUUGUUUAUCGGCUGUCCAGCCAGGUGUCCAAGAACAGGCAGAAGGCCACGGGCGACGUUCUUGCGCGACUGGUUCGGCAGGUCAAGAUCCUCAAGAAUAUGUACCACGACGUAUUCUGGAAGGGGCUUGGGCUAUCACCGGAUCAAGUCCUGGAGCCACAGGACGAGGUGCGAGUGCUGGCCAAGGCCUCGGCUUGGUACUAUUGCGCCUACACGUACGUAGAUCUGGAGGGCGUCGGCCCCUUCCUGAGCUUUUGCUGGGUCGUCUACGAGCCGAUGGGGCGGGUGAUUAUCGAAUCGAAUCUGCAGCAGGCAGCUGUAGCGCCCUCGGCCGGCUGAAGCUAUGGCUGAUGUGUUGGGUACUGGGGGUAGAGUUUCGCACGGCAAAGCCCGGGAGCGACCACGGCUGCAUCAUG